UUUUCCUAAGACAAAAGAUAAAGAAAGACACUAUAUUUAUUUGGUAUUGCUGAAAAAUUAUUGAAAUUACCAGUGUCAAUAAUCAUAGAUCAUAUCUUUUCCUUUUACUAAUAUUGAUAAUUUUCAAAAAGUAUUCCAAAUGUACAGUACAAACUGGCUAAUCAUACUUGUACAAAUUAAAUCUCUUGCUAAUACAAGAACAUGCUCUAUAAUGUUUUCACCAUUUAAUUUAGUUUUGAAACAACAAUUAAUUGUGUUAAUAAUAGACUGAAUGUUAUUGUUUUGAAUUGUUUUUCCAGUAUAUUUAUAACUGUAAUUUCUUGUAUGUUCACUCUAUCUAUAGGUUUUGCAUUUUUUUAUUAAAUAGUUGCACAUUAGUUACAUUAAAAAAUUAAUAUAACGGAUGUGCGGUUUUAACUCCUAGUUUGUUUUCUCCUCUAUUAAAAUUCUUUACCAACAACCGGCAUCCCCUGGAGGGAUGAUCCAAACUAGUUUAACUGGUGGAACAUGCUUCUUUCAGUAUUGUGAAAUUUACUUUUCAUUGCAAAGAAGGCUUUUUCUAUUUGUGUUGGAGUCAAAAGAAAUAAUUAACUCGUCAGGCUCUUUUGACAUAAUUUCCAAGCAAAACAUUAAACAGGCUAAAGAAAAAGAUUUAAUAGAAAAAUGGAUUGUAGAUUUGGAUCAAAAUCACUCUACCGAUCUGCCUCAUUCAUUUCAAUGGCUCGAGGAAAUGAAUGGGUUUUUACCUUGUUGCCCUUUCGAUUGUCAAUCUUUAAUGGAUUCAGAAAUACCAAUAGAUGAUUUUCUGCAAAUGGAAAACGAUUUCUUGGAUAUUGAAAAUGAAAUGAAUUUAUCAACUGAAAGGAUAGAUGACAACAGGCAAGAGAUUUCUGGUUACAACUUAACAACUUUAUCUUCUGCAGAAUGCACAAAAUCCAUAAAAUCCACAUCAGAUGUGACUUGUGAUGAUUCUGAAAAAUUUAAUUUAGACGAGCCUUUAGAAAAAUCAAUAUUAACAUUGUCUGCAAGUCCUUUGACUAGCUUGGAAGAUCCAAAUAAUAAAACUAACAUGAUUAUCACAACUUCUGAAGCUCCAUCUCAAUUUUCUUCUGUUUCCAAAGCCUUUCAUAUUGCUAUUUUUGAAAGUUCAGAUAACAUCGAAACAUUGCAUGAUUCAAAUAACAUUGAAUCAUUUCAGGAUCUGAAUGCACUCUUAAACAAGGAAUAUUGUUCUGUUUCCACUUGCACUUCAGAAGAAAUCUUGCACGUGGAUUCAUCGGACAACAAUGCACUAGGAAUUGCAGACAGCAAUCCCGUCGAAAGUAUUAGCGCUAGACCCCACUCUUCCGAAUCCGAAUCCACCUCGUCUUCGGGCAUUCUCUUGGACGGAAGUGACUACUACGAACCACAGAACAAAAGAGCUAAAACCACAGACUGUGCAUCUACUUCCAAAAGUGAAAAAUAUUAUGAGAUGAGAAGGAAAAAUAAUAUAUCGUCUCGUCGUUCUCGACAGACAAAGAAACAAAGAGAGAAAGAACUAGAAGAAAAGGAAAAGCAAUUAAUUAAAGAGAAUGAGAGCUUAAGGAAACAAGAAAAAGAAUUGGAACUUCUUGUACAGAAAGUGAAAGAUAUACUGUUCAAUUCAGUUAAAAAGAAAACUUAAUUUUUUAAAAAUUAAAUCACAUUUACAUUUAUGUCAAUCACAACUUCAUUUCUAUACAUUUGAAUUUUAACAACUCAAAAUCACCUUUAGAACAUACAACUUAGGCUUAUUCAAAUAACUGCUUUGUAAAAAUAUAUAAAUGUCUAAUUUAUAUUUCAUAAGUUUCCUGAAGGUAAAAAGUUUUCAGUAGUUUUUUUUUUUUGCAUAAAAGUGUACAAAAAUGGAUCAUUUUUAUUGAUAAAAAAAUCUUUUCUAAACUAAGAAAUAUUUUUAUGAAUAUUUUAUAUACCCGAAACACAUUUCUCCAUUUUGGAAAGAUCUUUUUUCAUUAAAAGACCAAUUUAUACAUUAACAUAACUUAAAACUAUAGAUAAUUAUUGACAUUCUAAAAUAAACAUGAAUGUAUUCAAUGAAUUCAUAGAAAAAACAAAAGUACUUACUUUAUUUUUAAAUAAAAUUUAAAAAUAAAUGUUGAUUUAUGUAUUUAUCUACAGUUUAAAACAAUUAAGAUCUGUAUCAAGAACAGGUAAAUUGGUUAAUUGUUAAUUAAGAUAUAUAUAUUAUUUCCUGCUUUAUUGGAGGUCGUAUGGUUGUUUACAGUAAAUCUUUCAAACCUUUCAACCCAUCAGAUAACUUUCUUUUAAACACUAGAUAGAAUACUGUUUCUUCUAGGAUUUCCACCUUGAUGAUGGGCUGCAAGUAUAAUGCCAGAAAUAUUAUUAGCUCCCAAAAUAUCAUAACAAAAUGGCAUUUGGGUAUCAUCUAUACAUAUGUACUAAUGUAUGCACUACUAAAAAGUCCUAAAUUCCUAACAGUGGGUCUUACAGUCUAUCAUUCGAAAAUUCCAGACCUGGCAACAUUAGCUGAAAGUUUUGAGACUUAUAGUAAAUAAACAAGACUUCCAAUAAGGCAGCUUGGAGAAGUAAAUUUUUAAUUAAAUUGUAUGCAAAUACAUUGUCUUAAUAAGCCUAUUAAACAACAAUCCUGUUCAAGUUAGCUAAAUUAUAUUUUAAAAAAAAUAGUAUAACUGUUAUUACAAAAAUGAAAAUUUUAAAGUAGAAAACAGCAAUUGAUUUUCAGAAAACACUACUUAAUUAAAUACCACAAGUGCAGUUUUUAUUCUAAAAGGUUAGCAUCAGAUUAAAACAAUUUAUGAAUUUAUCUAAAUUUUUAAAAUAUUUAUUGCAUUCUUCAUAGUUUGUAAUCAAAAUAUUUGAAAAAAACUGAAUUUAACAGAUUUCUUUAUCCCGCCAUUUUCUAUGUUUUUUUGAAAGUUUUCUACAAAAAUGAAUUUGUAUCGACUCCAUAAAAACUGUAUAUGAUCGCGAUUUUCUGGCAUUCAAUUUUGUUAUAACAGGGUUUCGGGUACAAUUUUGGUUUUUAUUUCAUUUUAUAAUUUUACAUUUCAAUAAAAUUAAAAGAAAAAUGAAGAAUUCUUGUCUUUCUGUACUAAAAAUUGCACUUGACCUAUUAUUUCUAAAGAACAAAUACCUAUAUCAAUUUUAUAAUGUAAAGUAAACAAAUGGGUGUUUCAAUCCGUAUAUAUAUAACAAGUUUCUAGAUAUGUAAAAUCUAAAUGUGAGAAUUAAUUACUCCUACUUAUUAGUUAAUUUAAAAAAUAGUAGACACAUCAAGGGGGCAAGUCUAUAAAUUACAUAAUGCAUAUCCCUUAAUUAUAUUAAGGAAUAAUACACAGCACGGAGUACCGAAUGUUAAAUUAUUAAUUAUAUAUAUAACAUACAAAGAAGUGACAAACAGUACGGUUCGCUAGCAAACAAAUACGUAAUGCUAGGGUUGAGAUCCUAGCAUUACGUAACAUUAUAAACUACUCCACCCUCUUGUAACGAUCACACCCAUGUCUACAUUAUUACAUAAUUUAGGGACAACUCCAAGGUCAAUGUUUUAAUCUUCUCCUAAACGAAUCUGAAUCAUGACUCAAAUUCAAUCUGCUCUGAUAAAUUUUCACCAUUUCAUAUUGAAAAGUGUAAUUAAAAGUUGUGCAGCGAUUGCUAGAUGUAAUUGAAGAAGCCCCAACUGCCCCAUUGGGUCUUCAGAUAUGUGGUACAGAAUAAGUUAUUUUGUUUCUUAAUUUAGAUUGCUGAUACACAAGUUCCUACUGGUUUAGAACUGGUGUGCACAUUACUCUUCGCAUGGUAAAAUGACAUUGUGUAUGCGUCAGGAACUUCUGUUCGAACAAACCUGACCUGCCAUCCGGGCCAGCAAUUUUGAAAAGGUGGCAACAUUAAUUCUGGAACAGUGAGACUAAAAAAGGCUCUCUAGGCCUCAGUACCGAGUGAUCCCCACACAAUCUACACAGCAUUACAAUACAUUUUACAAUACUACCGUGUUUGACCUGAAUCUAGAUAUUUUAAGCCGGUGGUCUCGGAAACAUUUCUUACAAAUUAUUCAUUCCAUUGCAUUUCUUGACUACAAGAGUAAAACUUGAUCCCUGAAAGGCCCUGGUUUAUAGUAAGUGUGUAUGUAUUAUUUUGUAAUGGCAUAGUUUUAUUACAAACAGAACUUAAAAAUUAUAUAUAUUGUGCAAAAAUUACCCAAGGGUUACUUGGUAGUUACCUAACUGUCUAUUGUAAUUAGCAUGACUCAUCGAAAUGUCUUUUGACUGUUAUUAAUGUAUUUAGAUGACUCACGAGCGAUUAAUGUAAAAUG